AUGGAGGUGGAUAGCGAAAACGACCUUCUGAGCAAGGUCGCAGCAGGCGGACUAGUUGACGAUGGCACAUGGCCAGCUAUUCGCGGCGAUAUCAUCACCCGCUUAGACAAGAUUGCCCACGACGACUUCCCUAUACCGAAUCUUCCACCACCGCCACCGCCUCUGGAGAGCCGCUUGCUCUCCCCUCUCCCCUCAUCACCACUAGAACACACUUCAUCGCAGGAGGCGAACAAGGAGAAUGCCCCUGCAGAAAAACCAGCCGAGCCCAAGCCCCUCGCGCCGGGCGAACUGCCCAAACAAAUCGACGACAUGUUGACGGACAUCAAGACGCACCUCCAGACGUUUGAGAACUAUGCGCCGCACACGAUCCAGCGACUCGUAGAGCUGACGCUGAAACCGACGGCACACUACAAAGCCCUAGCAUCAUACCUACAUGCCGUGGACCGCGUCGUCCGAGUCACCUCCGGCACGAACGUCUUCCCCCUUCCCCCAGCCAUCCCCGACAUGUCGAGCAUAGAAUUAAACGGCGACGACAAAGAUCCCGCCAGCGCCGUAUCGUGGGGUAACUCUACCGUCGCGGGACUCGGCACCGACGAAGCACUGGGGGGCGCGCUCCUAACUCCCAUCCCGUGGCUCACGCGGCGAAGCCCCGAAAGCAACGGCGACACACCCUCUGCAGGGGCACAAAUCCACAGCGAAAGCACCGAGACAAUCGACGGGCCAAACGGCAUGGGGAGAAUCGAAACCGUAUCAGUUAGUGUCAACGGCAUUCCCUCGACAGGACAUACGCGAGGUGUCACGCAGGGGGAACUUCUGCGCCAGGAGCAGCGUGCGGGCGUCGUCCCCGUCAGCCAGCUGAAUAGGAAUCAGGAGUCGCCGAAUCAGGAAGAAGGGGAGAUGCACGAGGAAGAAGAAGAGGUGCCUCAUGCGCGGGGACCAGAGGAGAUUGGCGUGGGUGACACUGGUCCUCAGGGUGUAACGACGAGUUACAUGGGCGAAGAUGGGGUGUUGAUGCAGGGGAUUGAUGUGGAGGCCGCGGUUGGUAGGAGACACGACGACGAGGAGCAUCCUCAGGAGAGUAAGAAGGACGACGACGCAAGUAGCACGUCUAGUACUGAGAGUGCGGGGACGAAACGCGAAGCAGAGCAGGAAUUAGAGGGUGAACCAGCGAAAAAGGUCAAAGAAGAUGGUGAUGAAUCGCAGGAUGUAGCUGUGGAGGAGGCGCCGGCUCCAGAAACGAAACAGGAUACAGAGACGAGUUCGAGUGGAAAUGUGACAGCCCAAGAAGCAGAAAGCUCUAAAGGGGAGAAGGAUGAAGCCCCAGGUGACAAGGAGGGAAGUGCCUAG